CCUUCGCCAAAAAAGGAAAAAUAAUAAAUAAAAAAUCUACCCUUUAUAUUCAAAUAUCUUCUCUCGCAGAUCUGACCUGUAAGAAGUUUACAAAAGUUGAAUCUAAGAAUUUAGAGACAAUGGGUCGUGGAGUCAGCAGCGGCGGUGGGGAGAGUUCUCUUGGUUACCUUUUUGGAGGAGGAGAGGCUUCACAAGUUCCAGAUCCGAAAACAGCUGCAAACAACGGGGAAACUCCUUUGCAAAACCAGGCUCCAGUGAGAAGCAAUGCAGCACCAGAGAAGCCUUCUAUUGUUGCACCACCUGCUGACUCUAAUAAACAAAUUCCUGCUGGGAUUCAGGGAAGCCAAAAGAAUAACUAUUUCCGAGCUGAUGGCCAGAACGCUGGAAACUUCCUUACGGAUAGACCAUCUACUAAAGUCCAUUCUGCUCCUGGUGGUGGAUCUUCCCUGGGGUACCUUUUUGGAGGCGGUAGCAACUAAUGCCUACUCUUCAUCGAAUUCAAAAGGUGGAAUCACUGUUUACUGUUUCUCUAGAAACUGUUCCAGUUUGGGGUUGAAAAUGUUUACAUAAUGAAUCUGUAAUAUGUUCUGAAUUGGAAUGACAUCUUGCAAUGAAGAAAUCUUGUUCUUGCAACUGUUAAUGCUGUUUACAUAUCUGAAUGCAAUUACAUGCUAUGAUAAA